AUGGAUGCCAGCGACAGCAACGCAGAUUUAGGCACUAGUGACCUUGUAAAGACAUCAACAGGCCCAUUCGAGCACCUCCCGAAUGCCCUCCCAGUUCUACAAGACUAUGAUAUUCGACAAAAGCUACUUCAGUGGAAUCUGAGCGAUACGCUACUACUGCAGCGCUUCCUCGUGCAUCGAAGAUUACCUAGCGAAGCGGACGAAGCAUUGUUGAGAGAACUCUUCCAGGACGAGAUAGUGCGUCGCAUUCUACCGCUUCCUGAGCAUCUCAGUAACAACGCAGCGCCUCGUUCCAAAGACCACGGAUCCAAGUCCGAUAUCUGCGGUGGGAUCACGUCUUUGAACUUUGAGCGGCUGCGCGUCAGCGUGACAAGCAUGGCAUUCUUCGAGAAGCUCGAAUCAGCAGGCAUAGUGGCCCGCGACGGUAGUGUGCGUGGAUGCAUCGACGAAGACUUCGACGGCUGCACUGCUGGAGAUCUUCUCACCGAGAUGUUGGCGAACCCGGACUCGGACAACUGCAAUGUGUUUUCUGAGGAAGACAAGAAAGAAUUUAUUUUUCAGCUUUUUUCAGCGCUCGUGAUAGGGGGCGGAGCAUUGCGUCAAGCGGAUUCACGUGUCCAAGCGUACGAAAGCACCACUCGAACGCUGUAUCGUGCUCUUGUGUCUGUCAAGAAGAGUGUUGCCGAUGCCAACGGGAAGCGAGACAUCGAGAUUACGUCGCGCGUAUAUCGCGUGAGAGGCGACCCACUUUUUCAAGCGUCUCCAUCUCGUUUUCAUUCCUGUUUCGCCAUCAUAGACGCUCGUAAGCGCUGGCUCACAGUCUGGUAUUGCCCCUUCAGAUCUUCGUGGUAG